AUGGGCGGAGAGGGGGGGCGUUUGGGGGCGGAAGGGAAGGGGAGGAGGUGGGAACGCGGGGGGGAUGGGGGAGGGGGGGGAGGGGGGUUGGAAGGCGACGCGUCUCGUGAUGCUGGGGGCGGGUAUUACGGUGGUAGUGGGGUGUAUGGCGGGUAUGGUGGGGCGUAUGGUGGUGGUGGUGCAGGGGGUGCGGCAGGAGGGGAUGUGGAUAUGGCAGCUGCUGAUGCAUCACUGGGUGGUUACGGUGAUGCCAGUGCUGCUGAUGCUGCUGCUGGUGGCGGUCCUUCUGUGCUGCCCCCUAUGCCGCCUCUGCCACCGCCUCCCCCGCCCCCCAUUGACCCCGAGGCGGAAAUGAGGAUGAUGCAGAUGAUGGGCAUUCCCAUGGACUUCAAGACCACCAAGAUGAUGGGCAUUCCCGUGGACUUCAACACCACCAAGAUGAUGGGCAUUCCCAUGGACUUUCAACAGCACGAAGCGGAUGGACUUCAACAGCAGCAAGGAGAGGGAGUGGCGGGUGAGGAAGGAGGGGGUAUAGAGGGCAAGGAGGUGAAGGGAGCCAAUCAGCUGAGCGCUGUGAAGCUGUCCACUAAGAGGCAGCCACGUCAGUACAUGAACAGAAGAGGCUUUCUGCCACGCGCGCUGGCUGAGUGGACACUCCGCUUUCCCCAUAGCAACGUGGCGGUUCCCGCUUUUCCCCGCGCGCAGUUCCUUCCUGUCUGCGCAGUGGUUGACGACACCAAGCAGCACACUCUCGCCGCCGCGUCCACCCUCACACCCGCCCUCCGCGAGGAGCUGAAGCUCACGUCCGGCCCCACUGUGGAGGCAUCACGGCGUGUGGGGCAGGAGAUUGCUAAGAUCUGCUUGGAGAGGGGAAUCAGCAAGGUGGCCUUUGACCGCGGGGGUUUCGUGUACCACGGCCGCAUCCAGGCUCUUGCGGACGGUGCUCGUGAGGGAGGCCUUGAGUUUUAA